CGCAUCGGGCGUCAGCACCUGGUGAGCUUCCAGAAGACCAACAAGGGCAUCACCGUGUCCUCCUGCUACUUUGAUGGCACCUCGCCAAGCUCAGCGUACUGCGACGGCAAACAAUAUUGGAUCUGGCUGUUCUGGGGCACCCACGACGAGAUCACCCUCAUCAACAACCACGUCGUCAACACCGCGGGCAGGACCCCCCACGCUGGUGGCUGGAGCAAGUCCCUGAACUACGUCCACCUUGUUGGCAACUCCAUGGACAACAACAACCACGGAGGAAUCGAGCCCAGGACCGGCUCUUACAUUCUCAGUGAGGGCAACAAGUGGACUGCCUUCACCCACCCCAUCAACAUCCAGGCUAAGGGUGGCCAUCUUGCAAUGGUCAACGACGCCAAUGGUGCUUCGCAGUGCAAGAAGUACUUGGGCGCCAAGUGUCUCGUCAACAAGUAUGACAGCAAGUCCAAGUCCAAGACCUGGUUCGACGCGGUCGUCCUGAGCCAGUUCAGCAAGCUCGACAAGACGGCCAUCAGCAGUGCCCGCAACGCG